AUGUGGGAGCUUGAACCCGAGUUGUUGAUUUUAGAGGUCGAAUCUCGCCCUAUACUUUAUGUAAAAUCAUUGCCCGAGUACGCCAAUAAGCCUCUAAAAAAUGACGCUUGGGAGGAAGUAGCAAAGACAUUAUCUUGUGAUUGGGAGUCACUUUUACCAGCAGAAAAAAAUAAAAGAUGCAAAGAAGUACAAAGCAAAUGGAAACAUAUUAGAGACAAUUUCCGGCGCGAGUACCAAGCCCAGAAAUACAUUACAUCUGGUCAAGGCGCAAAGAAAAGGAAAAAAAUAUACAGUAGAAAUAAAGAAAAAGGUACAUUUGAAUAUGAAAUUUUAAAGAUGAUGAAAGAUGACAUGACAAUAGUUGAUGAAGAUAAAACAUUCUGCAUAUCAUUGGUCCCAUCAUUAAAAAAAAUGGAUGACGAUAAAAAAAUAGCUGCUAAAAUAGAUAUAUUAAAAGUAAUUCGUCAGUAUUCUGGAUACUCGGAGCACAUCUCACAAGUGGAUAAAACACCCUCCACAUCUACUCUGACUCAAUAA